AUGGUAUUUUCCUGGAGAGAAAGUCAGGGAGACCUGCGACUACUGCUUGCAGUUCUGCCUCUCCUACUGUGGGAGUCCGGGAGCGGCCAGAUCCACUACUCGGUCCCCGAGGAGGCCAAACAUGGCACCUUCGUGGGCCGCAUCGCCCAGGACCUGGGGCUGGAGCUGGCCGAGCUGGUGCCGCGCCUGUUCCGGAUGGCGUCCAAAGGCGGCGGGGACCUUCUGGAGGUAAACCUGCAGAAUGGCAUUUUGUUUGUGAAUUCUCGGAUCGACCGGGAGGAGCUGUGCGGGCGGAGCCUGGAGUGCAGCAUCCACCUGGAGGUGAUCGUGGAGCGGCCGCUGCAGGUGUUCCACGUGGAGGUGGAGGUGAAGGACAUUAACGACAAUCCGCCAAUGUUUCCAGUGGCAGUAAAAAAUUUGUUUAUUUACGAAUCCCGGCCGCCUGGUUCUCGGUUUCCGCUAGAGGGCGCAUCAGAUGCAGAUAUCGGAGCUAAUUCGCUGUUGACCUACAGUCUUAACGCCAAUGAGUAUUUUACCUUGGAUGUUAAAAGAAAUGAUAAGGAAAUUAAAUCCCUUGGACUUGUGCUGAAAAAACUUUUAAAUCGAGAGGACACUGCUGAACAUCACUUACUUAUAACAGCAGUUGAUGGUGGGAAACCAGAACUCACUGGUACUACUCAGUUGAAGAUCACCGUUCUGGAUGUGAAUGACAAUGCCCCAGAGUUUGAGAGCACAGUCUACAGAGUCAGAUUAUUUGAAAAUGCACCAAAUGGUACCCUAGUAGUGAUUGUUAACGCCUCUGAUUUGGAUGAAGGAGUAAAUAAGGACAUUGUAUAUUCUUUCAAUACAGACACAUCAGCAGAUACUCGGUCGAAAUUCCACUUAGACCCCGUUAAUGGAUACAUCAGUGUAAAGGGUAACAUAGAUUUCGAGUCGACUAAAUUAUAUGAAAUCCAGGUAGAAGCGACUGAUAAAGGAAAUCCCCCAAUGGCAGAUCACUGCACGGUUCUAGUUGAAAUUUUGGAUACCAAUGAUAAUGUACCCGAGUUGGUUAUCAAAUCACUCUCUUUACCUAUAUUAGAAGAUGCUCCACUCGGUACUGUCAUCGCCCUGAUCAGCGUGUCCGACCGCGAUUCUGGUGCCAAUGGGCAGGUGACCUGUACCCUGACGCCUCAUGUCCCCUUCAAGCUGGUGUCCACCUUCAAGAAUUACUAUUCGCUGGUGCUGGACGGCACCUUGGACCGCGAGAGCGUGGCGAGCUACGAGCUGGUGGUGACCGCGCGGGACGGCGGCUCGCCUUCGCUGUGGGCCACGGCCAGCGUGUCGGUGGAGGUGGGCGACGUGAACGACAACGCGCCGGUGUUCGCGCAGCCCGAGUACACGGUGUUCGUGAAGGAGAACAACGCGCCCGGCUGCCACAUCUUCACGGUGUCGGCGCGCGACGCGGACGCGCAGGAGAACGCGCGGGUGGCCUACUCGCUGGUGGAGCGGCGGGUGGGCGAGCGCGCGCUGUCGAGCUACGUGUCGGUGCACGCGGAGAGCGGCAAGGUGUUCGCGCUGCAGCCGCUGGACCGCGAGGAGCUGGAGCUGCUGCAGGUCGGGGUGAGCGCGCGCGACGCGGGCGCGCCGCCUCUGGGCAGCAACGUGACGCUGCAGGUGUUCGUGCUGGACGAGAACGACAACGCGCCGGCGCUGCUGCCGCCGCCGCCGCCGUCGCCUUGGGCGCCGCCCGGGUGGCCCUGGGGCGCGGGCGGCGGGGCGGGCGUGGUGAGCCAGGUGGCGCGGUGGGUGGGCGCGGGCCAGGUGGUGGCGAAGGUGCGCGCGGUGGACGCGGACUCGGGCUACAACGCGUGGCUGUCGUACGAGCUGCAGGAGGCGGCGUCGGGGGCGGCGUCGGGGGGCGCGCGGAGCGCGUUCCGCGUGGGGCUGUACACGGGCGAGAUCAGCACGACGCGCGCCCUGGACGAGGCGGACGCGGCGCGCCAGCGCCUGCUGGUGCUGGUGAGGGACCACGGCGAGCCGGCGCUGACGGCCACGGCCACCGUGCUGCUGUGGCUGGAGGACGGCGGCCCGGCGCCCAAGGCGUCCUCGCGGCGGGUGGUGGGCCCCGCGGCGGCGGAGGCGGCGCUGGUGGACGUGCACGUGUACCUGGUGGUGGCGAUCUGCGCGGUGUCGAGCCUGCUGGUGCUGACGCUGCUGGUGUACACGGCGCUGCGGUGCUCGGCGCCGCGCGGCGAGGGCGCGUGCGUGCCCGGGCAGGCGCGGCUGGUGUGCUCGAGCGCGGUGGGCAGCUGGUCUUCGUCUCCGCGGCGGCAGCGGCGGCAGCGGCAGCAGGUGUGCUCUGGGGAGGGGCCGCCCAAGGCCGACCUCAUGGCCUUCAGCCCCAGCCUUCCGCCUGGCCCCAUUAGUGGGGAUGGAGAAGAAGAGGUGCAUGCGGAGGCUGAUUUUCCUGCCAAGUUUCCAGUAUUAGUUUAUGAAGCCUGUUAUCUGCUGUGGAGUCGCUUUUACUUCGUCAUUUAUCCAGAGCCUCAGUUCUUUCUCUCUUCUUGA